CGACCACCGCACUCUCUCCAGCGUCGAGGAUGGCCUCCACGCUUUUCCGCCGCCAGCUCGCGCGCGUGCCGCGCCUGGCCACAGCCUCGCCCUCUAGCUCCUCCUCGUCACUGCUGUCCACCCGCCGGCACCUGUCGGGCUCCGCCGUCGUCCAGGCCGAGCCGGCCGCGCCCGCGCAGACGGCGGGGGCGAAAAACGUGUUUGACACACAUACGGUGGAGGACCUGCAUGGGAUGCAUGCGACGGAGAUUCUGGCGGAGACGGGGACGAGGAGGGACGCGCAGUUGCGACACUUCACGGUCAACUUUGGCCCUCAGCACCCGGCUGCUCACGGUGUGCUCCGAUUGAUUCUUGAGCUGAAUGGCGAGGAGGUGUUGCGUGCGGACCCUCACGUCGGUUUGCUUCACCGCGGAACGGAGAAGCUUAUCGAGUACAAGACCUACACGCAAGCCCUCCCGUACUUCGACCGUUUGGAUUACGUCUCCAUGAUGACGAAUGAGCUCUGUUACUCGCUUGCCGUCGAGAAGCUCCUCAACAUCGAGGUCCCCGAGCGUGCGAAAUGGAUUCGUACGCUGUUCGGCGAGCUCACCCGAGUCCUGAACCACCUCAUGGCCGUCCUCACUCACGCGAUGGAUGUUGGUGCCUUGACGCCCUUCCUGUGGGGUUUCGAGGAGCGGGAGAAGCUCAUGGAGUUCUACGAGCGUGUCUCUGGUGCUCGCAUGCACGCCGCGUACGUGCGCCCCGGUGGUGUCGCGUUCGAUCUCCCCCACGGCCUUCUAGAGGACAUCUUCAAAUGGGCGACCCAGUUUAGCUCGCGCGUAGACGAGAUCGAGGAGGUCGUGACCGGCAACCGUAUCUGGAAGGAGCGUACGAUCGGGAUCGGUGUAGUGACCGCGAAGGAGGCUCUGGACUGGUCGUUCAGCGGCGUCAUGCUCCGCGGCAGCGGCAUCCCGUGGGAUAUUCGCAAGGCGGCACCGUACGACAAGUACGACGAGGUUGAGUUCGACAUCCCCGUCGGUAAGAACGGUGACUGCUACGACCGUUAUCUGUGCCGUGUCCAGGAGUUCCGCGAGUCGCUUCGCAUCAUCAGCCAGUGCUUGAACAAGAUUCCCACCGGCGCGAUCAAGGUCGACGACUACAAGCUCGUUCCCCCGCCACGUGCGUCCAUGAAGGAGAGCAUGGAAUCCCUCAUCCACCACUUCAAGCUCUUUAGCGAGGGCUACUCGGUUCCCCCCGGCGAGACUUACAGCGCGAUCGAGGCGCCGAAGGGCGAGAUGGGUGUUUACCUCGUGUCCGACGGCACCAACCGCCCGUACCGCUGCAAGAUCCGUGCCCCGGGCUUCGCGCACCUUGCCGGCGCGGACUUCAUGAUGAGACAUGUGAGAUGCGACCAUGAGCGUGCGCACAUGAUCGCCGAUGUCGUCGCCAUCAUUGGUACCAUGGAUCUGGUGUUCGGCGAGGUCGACCGGUGA